AAAAAAAUUCAAAUGAUAAACAUGAGUACCUGUGGUAGCUCCUCAAUUCGCGUUUUCUCCGGGGCCCCAGUUUCGAGUCAACGUAAUCAGCCCAGGGCCUCGCUUUCUCGAGCACCAAUAAUCGAGCGCCGCCAUUAUACAUACUGCAGGGCGAGUCGCCACAAGUCAAACCCUGUUUCAGCGGCCAUUAGCAGCCCGCUUGCACCUCCGAGCAUUCAACGAGUGGGGAGAGAGAGUAUGGGGAAGAGUGAGAUAAUCGCAAGGGCAGAGGAGUUGGUUAAAUCCGCCAUGGGAGGCAACGACGCAUCCCAUGACGCGGCCCACGCCUUCAGAGUCAGAGACCUAGCCCUUUCUCUAGCCCGUGAAGAGGGUUUUUCGUCUUCCCCUGAUUCGAUUCUCAUUUUUUGUGAUUGCUGUAUGUGGAUAUCGUCACGUGUUGUGAAUGGAAUUGUAGUCAUAGUUUGUUUGAAUAACGUACUUGUUGAGAUUAUAUCUUCUCUUACAUUUCAGGUGGAGUUAGCUGCACUUCUACAUGACAUAGGGGACUAUAAAUAUAUGAGAGAUCCGUCUGAAGGGAAGAUUGUUGAGGACUUCCUUGUCAACGAAGGAGUAGAUGAAAGUAUCAAGUCACAGAUAUUAGGCAUCAUAAAGGGAAUGGGUUUCAAAGAGGAGGUUGCAGGACUUGCAGGGGGUAUUCAAUACCCAGAAUUUGGGGUGGUGCAAGAUGCUGAUCGUCUUGAUGCAAUCGGUGCCAUAGGAAUUGCUCGUUGCUUCACAUUUGGGGGAAGCAGGAACAGUGUGCUGUAUGAUCCCAACAUAAAACCCCGAUCAGAUUUGUCCAAGGAAAAGUACAUGAAUAAAGACAAGCAGACCACAGUCAACCAUUUUCAUGAGAAGCUUCUCAAGUUGAAAGAGUUGAUGAAAACAAAGGCUGGUCAGAGGAGGGCGGAAAGAAGGCACAAAUUCAUGGAGGAGUUUUUGGAAGAGUUUUAUCAAGAAUGGGAUGGAAGGGCCUGAAGAUGGUAGUUGGAAAUGCAUAAAGUGACCAGCAUCACCACGCAGAUCAACUCACAAGUGGAAUUGCAAUGUCAAAUAUUUAUCGAAGUUCCGAAGUAUUUUUGGGAAAAUUAUUUCCCGUUAGAUGUUUAUAUUUCCCGGUAAUUUAUUAUUUGGAUGAUUUCAAUUGUUGGUAUGGUUUCCUCUUUGAGUUGAAAUAAAGGGUGGUGCAAACUAGUGUUGUUUUGCUUGAGUCGCAUAUUACUAACACAUUUGGCUUAUUCUGCCUUCAUAUUGAACAAACUAGGUAAAGAACGGUUUCUUGAUUUACUUGAUUUUAAUGUCUUGCUGAG